AUGGAGAGUGCUGUGAAGAAGAGAUCGGGGAAAGUGGUGGUGUGGUUGGGGUUUAUGUGUGUUAUUUGGUGUGGUGGUGGAAGUGGAGGGGGCGGUGACAUUACAAUGAUGAAUUAUGAUGGUACUUGUGUCGUGGGAAGCAAUAAGCAGUGUUUGGUUUUGGCAAGAGAGUGGGUUUUUGAGAUUGGGUCCAUCGAGAAGAAGAAAGAAAAGGGAAGAGGAGUUUAG